AUGCUGAAUGACACAGUGCUACUUCAAGAACUGAAAAGCUUUGACUUGAUAGUUUAUGAGAGUUUUUCCUUCUGUGCUGUUUUGGUCUCUGAGCUUCUUGGCAUUCCAAAAGUAAUCAUAUUUUCUGGUCCUCCCAAUGGUCCAGGAACUUUUGCCCAUAAUGUUCCUUUUCCAGUAUCAUACAUUCCAGCACCAAUGACUUUAUUUACAAGCGAAAUGACGUUUUUACAGCGUCUUGUGAACUUUGGAGCAUACAACUUCAUACAGUCUGCAGAACAAGUUUUAAUUGCCAGGUACAUGGGUUCUCUGAAAGAGGAAUACAACAUCACUCCUGGGAAGAGCUACCAAGAAGCUGCUGGCAAUGCUGAGCUGGUGCUGUUUCUUGCUGAUUUUGCACUGGAGUAUCCACAGCCUCUUUUGCCAGGUCAAAUUAUGGUGGGAGCCAUUUCUGCAAAAGCAGAUCCUGAAACACUCCCCCCUGAAUUAAAAGAUUUUAUUGACAGUGCAGGGGGGCAUGGGUUUGUCAUUGCCUCUUUUGGGUCAUAUGCACAAACAAUCAUAGCUAAGGAGAAGAUCGAUGUCUUGGCUGAAGCUUUUGGAAAGGUGAAGCAGAAAGUCAUAUGGAAACUGAAAGGCUACAUACCCUCAUCUCUCAGGCAAAACAUAAGAGUAAUGAGCUGGAUACCUCAGAGUGAUCUGUUGGCUCACAAGGAUAUCAAAGCUUUUGUAUCUCAUGUGGGACACAACAGCCUUUAUGAGUCAGCAUAUCAUGGGGUGCCUGUGGUGGCUGUGCCUUUGUGUACAGACCAAUUUUCUAAUGCCAGGAAGGCAGAACACUUUGGACUAGCAAAAGUUUUAGAUCACAAAACCAUGAAUGCUGAAGAACUUUCAGAGGCAAUUCAGCAUGUUAUUGAUGAACCAAGAUUCAAGAGAGAAUCCAAACGCAUUUCUCGUCUUAUGAAAGACAAUCCAAGGACCCCCCUGGAGAAAGCUGGGGACUGGAUAGAGUAUGUACACAGACAUGGUGGAGCCCAACACCUCAGAGCUCAAGUGUUUAACAUCCCUUGGUACCAGUACUACUUACUUGACGUCAUAGCUUUCCUUGUCGCUAUAGUAACAUUAGUUGUCAUGGUGAUUAGGUACACAUGCAGGUGUUUAUGCAAAGCGUGUUGUAAAAAUGGUGCUACAAAAACUAAAAAGGAGUAGGCAUGCAAUAAUCAUUGUUCUUAAGGAUGUCACUCAACGCUUAAUUUUUAUUGUUAUGACAACAAAGAGACACCUUCAAAAAAUUCCAAGCAAAUACAAAUUGCAUGAAAUCAUCAUAGCCAACAUCUUGAUCGUGAUCCUGUUUCACGCACAAAAUUAAAAAAAAAAAGAAAGAACGAGUCACGUACACCUGCAACAAUACUUCACGCCUCACGAAUUUACGAGGGAAAACCUUAAAUCUCACCUUACCUGGCUUUUUCACAAAGUUCACGCACCACGUACAAAAUUUGGGCGUCACGUAAUAGUUAAGUCGUUGCCAC